AUGGCAACAAUGAUAGAAGAAAACGGUCCCUCGAUCCAUGAGCAACCUCGACUGUCAUCACCACUCCAGGCCAGAGAGAAGCUUGAGGGACUGCUGAACAAGAACAUGAGGAUCCGGAUGACAGAUGGACGGACGCUGGUGGGACUGUUCCUCUGCACAGACCGAGACUGCAAUGUCAUCCUGGGAUCUGCUCAGGAAUUCCUCAAGUCCACAGACAUGUUCUCUCAAGGGGAACCCAGAGUCCUGGGCCUGGCCAUGAUCCCAGGUCACCAUGUGGUUUCCAUUGAGGUGGAGGCAGACAGUCUGGCUGACACACAAGGCUGUGGAGCUGGCCACUGACAGCCAUCCCCGCCAGGUGAACCAGUUUACAUGCUAACUGGCAAUUAACAAACUAGUUCUGUCAAGGACUGUGGCUCAAACCAAAAGGAGAAUGUACUUCUGGAGCAGGUGGAUUUUUUUCCCUUCAAGCUUCUAAAGAUACCGAUCUCCUCCGUCAGUGUUUUAAGUUUAGCCAUCAGCUGUGGUUGAAAAAAAAAAAGCAUAUGCAGUUAUGACUGGACAAUGCAAAUUGUCUGCUAAUGUAUGUGUACUUUGUUGGUAUGAGCAAAACAAAAUAUGUUCAUACAGAUGACGUGAGCUGUUCCAGAACAGCAGAUAAAGUGUGGAAAUUGUUUGAAUGCCAAGUGUCUGUUUGAUAGUGUUUUAAAAUAAAUUGCAGUAUCCCUUUGUGUAUAGCCAUCGCUAGUAAAUGAGAACAUUUAUGCCAGACUGCAAUUAUUGCUUAUGCACUACCCAUCUGUCUUAUACAUCUGUUGGACACAA